AUUACGUGUUCCCAGGUGAAAGAGAAAACAAUGAAAUACCAAAACUCCAAGUCUUCUUCUUCUCUUUAUUCGAGUUUCUCUGCAACCAAGAAAACCAAUAAUACAAGCAAAAAUAUAAAUAUCAUCAUCUGAUUUUCUGUUUCCAUCAGAUUAUUUUUUACUAUUUUUAGGAAUUUUUAUUUUUCCUGAAGAAGAAGAUUCAACAUGGAUUGGGGUUCAGUAACAGCAGAAGAUCUGAUGGAUGCAUUAAGAGAAGUAGAUUGGUCAUCACCACCGCGUCCUCUCACUGAAUUCUUCUCUAGAUUCACACUCCCCCGAUCUUAUACCAAAUGGAACUCGCGUAUCAAAUGCAAUCUCUACUACUACAGGACUAAUUACUUCCUCAUGAUCAUCUUCAUUCUUGGGAUGGGAUUUCUUAGGAGACCUCUUGCUAUUGUUGCUGCUCUCACGACUGCCAUUAGCAUCGCUUUCCUCAAUGAUAGCUUUGCAGUUACUUUUAAUGAGAAGGUUACCAGAACCGUGAGACAGUUCUCGCCACAUAUGGCUGCAAAGAUGAGGCCACCUAUUACUCCUGUUAUUCGUGGGCGUCCAUCAAAGAAAAGAGCUAUUCAUAUUUGUGGAAGGCCUAGGUGGAUGUUUGUGGCAGUGUUUGCUAUGAUCAGCUGUUUCCUGUGGUUCACGUCAUGUAGUCUCUUAACUGUUUCGUGGGCACUGCUUAUUGGCAUCCUCGCCACUGUUUUGCAUGCAAGCUUUCGAACACCUAACCUGAAGGCUCGCCUCAAUACAUUCCGCGAGGAAUUCCGUGCAGUUUGGCGCAAUUAUAGCGAGAUGUAAAUGGGUGGUCCUAGUUUCAAAAAUGAAGAUCGAGCAGGGGGGACAUAGACAUAAUUUUUAGUGGCAAUAUAUGAUUCCACUCCAUGGGUGAAGCAGCUACAUAAAUGAGUUGAAUGCAGCGGAGAAGGCUCAUGCUAAUUGCAGAUAACAUUUUGUCAUCUUUCUGGGAUGGGUUUACAUAUGUUCCGUACUGUAUUACAUGGGGUGACGUAUGUGUUCCAUUUAUACAUCCUCUUCAUUCGUCUCCUAUUUUACAAAUUACACAUUGCAAUUUUUUUUUUUUUUAAGUGGUGGAAUUUAAACUUUGAUGCACACCCUGUAUAUGAUAACUCUUAAAUAUACACGCCCUACAGAUACUCCAUGUCUGAAACUGAAUUAGUUGUAGUAUUGAAACUCUUAAAUAUACACGCCCUAAACUUGUGAAUCGCUCA